GAAAAAUAAGAUUUAUUACUUACAUUGAAAUUCAAACAUGGCCGCCAUCGCAUGCAUCUUUCAUCUGCUGGUUUUCUGGAUUGCUCUGGGGGAUGCAAAGAAUUUUUUCAAAUUCGAAGAUUGCACCCGACAAGAUGGCAUUGCCCAGGUGAAUCGAUUCGAGAUUAACCCCGACCCCAUCGACCUGAGGGGAGAUAUGAAUGUGACGAUGAACGUGAACGUUCUUCGUGACGUUCCUUUGGAGGCCAAGCUGAGGACAAGGUAUUACCGUCUUCACAAAGUUUUCGGAGUUACAGUCGACAUCCCCAUUCCCUGCCUUCUGGGCAAGUUUGGAUCUUGCACACUUCCUCUUUGCGAAUAUCUGAAGGUGUUCCGUCCGCAAGUGGCCCCUUUCUUACCCAAUGGCGAGGAUCAAGAAUGCCCCCUGGAGGCUGGAGAGUACGGAGGUGAGGAUGUGCCUGUAGAAAUACCUGACAUGACUAUGGUCGCCAGGUGGAUCAUGAAGGGCAAGUACCGAACCGAGCUGAAGUUGAUUGAUGUAAACGAUGGAAGUGAACUAGCCUGCUAUAAGAUCUGGGUUCAAAUUCGAUAAUGAUGACGCUUGUAACUAUUUGAAAUAAAAUUCUCUUCAAAACCCAGA